ACUUUAAAAGAAAAAGGCGAAUGGGUCAGGAUCGUUCCCGAGGAUCCCGAAAGACUCGCACCGACCACCGUGCAGUAAAAUCGGUUUACAGGACGGGUUAGCGAUAGAGUCAAAGCAACAGCAAUGCAGUGAGCUCGUCUUUAUCUGUUUAUAUCAUAGGUCUAUAUACACGAAUAAUAACUUUUUUUAAUCGCGAAUAACUUGCACGUGCAACUAUGUAACUAUGUUGGUUAGAAUAUAUUGAUGUUUUUUUUUUCUUUUUUUUUUUCAUUUUUGUUUUCGCCACCUCAGUAUAGGUUACAAUAUAAGUUAUUUUUCUCUCUAUAUAUUUUCUUUGCGUAUUAUUUUGCUCCAGUACUUUUGUCUUCAUCCAGUCGUGUCAGGAUGCGGCUUUUCCCCCUCCUGCUCAUACUGACCAUUGCAGCGGACAUGUGGGAAGGGGGUGAUGCCAAAUACGGGGAGCAUGGAGAAGCGGCGCCCAGGAGGAGGAGAUGUUACGACGGCAGCCUGCCGAAGCGCCCGAAGAAGCGAGACAACGGCGGCAUGGGUCUGUGUCCAAGGCUGUACCCCCGGCUGUCCUGCUGCCCCUCCAAGAGGUCCGCCUUUCGGAUGCUCCACCGCCGGAAUGGCAUGGUCCUCUCCUCCAACAACACGGACUGCACAAAGCUUUUGGAGGAGCUGCAGUGUGCCCGCUGUUCUCCUCACGCCCAGCUGCUGUAUCACACAGCCAGCCCCGGACGGGCACCACGCGGGCAGCCUCACCUGCCCAUCCUGUGCCAGGAUUACUGCAAACGGCUGUAUUACACCUGCAGGGGACAUAUACCAGAGCUGUUCCAAGCUGACGUGGAUGAGUUUUGCCAGUACUAUGGAACCGGAGGCAACAGCCUGUGCUUUCCGGAUUUCCAUAGAAGACAAACCCGUGGGCCAUCCUCCAACUACUUAGACCUGACGGAUGACUAUGAACAGAAGGAAGAUUUUAACAGGAAACACAAAGACAGCUGUUACUGUGCCAUGGAGGUGGCGGGGGGGCUGCGGCAGCCCGUGGGGGCAGUGCACUGCGGGGACGGCUCCCAGCGGCUCUUCAUCCUCGAGAAGGAAGGUGUUGUCCGCAUCCUCACCCCCAGCAAAGUGCUCAUCAGAGAGCCAUUUCUGGACAUCCACAAGCUGGUGCAGGCGGGCACGAAGGGAGAAGAUGAAAGGGGCCUCCUAAGCCUCGCAUUCCACCCCAAUUACAGGAAAAACGGAAAGCUGUACGUCUCCUACACCAGCAACCAGGAGCGCUGGGCCAUGGGGCCGCACGACCACAUUCUGCGCGUGGUGGAGUACACCGUCUCGAGAAAGGACACCAACCAGGUGGAUGUGCGGACGCAGCGGGUCCUGAUGGAGGUGGCAGAGCUGCACCGGAAGCAUCUUGGAGGGCAGCUGCACUUCGGGGCUGACGGGCUGCUGCACAUAUUCCUGGGCGACGGCUUGAUCACACUGGAUGACAUGGAGGAGAUGGACGGCCUGAGCGACUUCACGGGGGCCGUGCUGCGCGUGGAUGUGAACACAGACUCCUGCCAGGACCCCUACGCCAUCCCUAAGGACAACCCCUACUUCAACAGCACCAACCAGCCACCAGAGAUCUAUGCGCACGGGCUGCGCAGCCCAGGCAGGUGUGCCGUGGACCAGCACCAUGUGAACAGGAGCCUCCUGAUCAUCUGUACAGACUCCAGGGGCAAAAACUCAAGCACAGGGAGGAUCCUGCAGAUUAAAAAGGGGGAAGACUAUGAGCACGUCCCUCCGCUGUUCUAUUUGCCCCCCAGCAGGGCGGCGCCUGUCGGUGGGUUUAUCUACCGAGGCUGCCAGUCAAGGCGACUGUACGGCAGUUACGUCUUUGGCGAUCGCAGCGGGAACCUGCGGAUCCUCCAGAAGGCCUGGAGCGGUCGGAUGUGGCGGGAGAAGCCCCUGUGCCUGGGCGGGGGGCACCCCUGCGGCAGGUCCCUGGUGGGGCAGGUCCUGGGCUUCGGAGAAGAUGAGCUAGGUGAGGUGUACAUCUUAACCACCAGCAAGACUGUGGCUCACUCCCAGAGCGGCAAGCUCUACAAAGUGAUGGACCCAAAGAGGCCGGCGGGCCCCAGGGAGUGCCAGCGGCCAGUGGAGGCCCCCGAGCUGCUGGCGGCCGCCUGCUCCCGGCAGUGCCGCAACGGGGUGUGCACCCCCACCGGGCGCUGCUGCUGCCUGGCAGGCUGGGAGGGGCCCCUCUGCAAGGCGGCAAAAUGCGAGCCCGCAUGCCGAAACGGGGGCAUCUGUGUGGAGCCCAACAAGUGCCUCUGCAAAAGCAGCUUCUCAGGGGCUCACUGCGAAAAGGACGAGCAUGGCGUGGAGAUUAAGGCCAGGGACGGCAUCGUGGAUCGAAUCAUGGACGUCACCUCCUACCUGCUCGACCUGACCAGCUACAUUGUUUAGGCAGAGACCUCUACUAGGAGAUCUCCGGAGCAACGUUCGACACCCUGGGGCAUUUCCUGUGAUAUCAUUGCUUCCAUUUCUCUGACCAAUGAGCUUAGCUAUCCAAAGCGAUCUCAGGCAAUAGCGGGAGGACAAUUAUGUCAUUAAGAUUCUUAAUCAGAAGACCUGGGAUGCAUUGAUGUACCUUGGCUGCCUUGGAAUCUGGAGCUCUACCUCCAUAACCAGAUCUUGGAAUCUGGAGCUCCACCUCCAUAACUAGACCUUGAAAUCUGGAGCCCCAUCUCUAUAACCAGACCUUGAAAUCUGGAGCCCCACCUCCAUAACCAGACUUUGGAAUCUGGAGAUCCACCUCGAUAACCAGACCUUGGCAUCUGGAGAUCCACCUCCAUAACUAGACCUUGAUAUCUGGAGCCCCACCUAAAUAACCAGACCUUGGAAUCUGGAGCCUCUCCUCUGUAACCAGACCUUGGCUUCUGGAGACCCACCUCCAUAACCAGGCCUUGGAAUCUAGAGAUCCACUCCAUAACCAGGCCUUGGAAUCUGGAGAUCCACCUCCAUAACCAGGCUUUUGAAUCUGGAGAUCCACCUCCAUAACCAGACCUUGGAAUCUGGAGAUCCACCUCCAUAACCAGGCCUUGGCUUCUGGAGAUCCACCUCCAUAAGUAGACCUUGAAAUUUGGAGCUCCAUAACCAAGCCUUGGCUUCGGGAGCUCCACUACCAUAACCAGACCUUGGCUUCUGGAGACCCACCUCCAUAACCAGGCCUUGGAAUCUGGAGAUCCACCUCCAUAACCAGGCUUUUGAAUCUGGAGAUCCACCUCCAUAACCAGGCCUUGGCUUCAGGAGCUCCACCUCCAUAACCAGACCUUGGCAUCUGGAGCUCCAACUUGGUUCUUGUAGGACUGAUGCUCCUCCUGGAAUUGAUACACCAUUGCUGCUACUGCUAUGGUGUUUUAACUCUGAUAGAUAGUGUCCUCAUGAGGAGAACACCUGACCUGGUGUAAUUAACAUCCGAAACUCGCAGAGAUCAUCACUGUAAACAAAAGCAUGCAUAUCUCAAAGGAGUCACAGUUGCUUCAGAAAUUCAUUACAGCUGAGAUGAGUAAACUUUUGAACAUUCAACUUUCAGAACCACGGUGCUGGGUGUCUGGCAUAGCCCUGGGAACAAAGAACACCUUCUGACUUGCUGUCUGUCGGACAAAGUUUAAUGGUGGUCAUAGGACACUUGGGUCAAACAUGGGACACUUCCACACAGAACAAAAAUCUCCUUGAAAAACACAAUGAAAACAAAGACACAACAAAAGGAAGCGCGAUGUGUUUUGGAUUAACUCUAACAGUAAAAGGAACCCGGAUGGUGACUGUAAUGGACUGUAAUGGCACUGCACAGAAGAGGACAAAGGCAGAAAUCCACUUGUUUGUUUUGAAUUCUUCUCUGUUAUUCAUUUCCAAGCAAUAUCCUCUAUCACGUCCUGUGGGUUUGCUAAAAAUAGCCUCUACAUUUACAGAGAAAUGCCUUUAAUAAAGAAAGCAGCAAAAAAAAUGUCAUUUUUGUAAUGAGAUCAAUCUGAGAUUUCUGUAAAGUGGAAUUUCUGAGGUUUACAGCUAACAGAAAUGAACAAUGUGUAUUUACUUUGUCUAAGCUGGUGCACCCUGCAGAUAAACACAAGAUGUAUGUGAAAGACGUAGCAGAUAUCAUAUAUCAGACUGUUUGGCUGUUACUGUGACAUGGUGUUAGAAGAAUAUUUAUGCUAUAUUCUAUUACGGUGAAAAUACAAAUCCAGCAUUUCAUGUACUGCUACAGUUUACUGCAGUUCCAAAUAGCAGGUAUAUUGCAUAAAAUUUACCACAAGCCUGAGUAACAUUUUACCGAAUUAAAAUGUCUUCAUUCA